AGCACGUUCAGUAGGGAGAUUUUCGAUAUUUUGUCUCGCGAGAACCCCCAUAUGUAGGGACCCGCCCACCUUCAACCGCGAAACUACCCCUUAUAUACUCUCAAUCGCUCCGCGCCAACAGAACCUUCCCAUCUUUGGAAAUUUUAAUUCUACUAUUUUAUUAUUUCCUUUUGUUUCGAUGAAAAUAAAUGAUCAAACAAUUUUAAACCCGUAAAACUAAUUGUAGUUUCAAAUUAAACCCGAACAAAUAAAAUGACACAGUCGGAGAGAUAAAACAAAAAUAAAAUAAAUGUAAAAAGUUUGAACUAUAAAUCUCUAGGAAUAAUAGGCCAAUUUGGAUUAAAAAAGUUGAAAAUAAAAAAAGAUGGGGGUGAGAAAAGUUUGGCCUCGGUUUUACCCAACUUUGGACGGUGGAGGUGAUAGUGAUGGUGAAAAAGUUUUUCAACGUGUUGACGAAAGUUGUCAAGAUUGUGGUGUAAAGGUGAGAGAAGGUAAAAGUGGAUUGCCGAGGAUGUGCUUCGUGACAAUUAGUGUACUUGUGAUCCUGUUAAGCCAUCCGCGGAGUUCGAUGGCCCUCACAAACAAGGGUGGGGAAAUAAGAGUGAAUGUCAUAGUGCCUAAGGAAGCUGAUGUUGGCACAUCGAUAAAUUUAAGAUGUGAGUGGAGCCUCGCCAAAGGGGAUACUCUCUACUCCGUAAAAUGGUACAAGGACGACCACGAGUUCUUUCGAUACGUUCCAGACCAGCAGCCGAGGAUUCAGACUUUUCCAUUAAAUGGGAUCUACCUCGAUGAGACGGACAAAACGGAAAACUCGAUCCGCUUGAAAGUCACACGCGGAAGUUCUGGCCAAUACAAGUGUGAGGUAUCCACCGAGGCGCCAAAUUUUGCUACGACCUAUCGCAAGGCAAACCUCACUGUCAUUGCCCCUCCAGGCGGGAAUCCAGUAAUUGUUGGACUAAUUGGUGAAUAUACAAUUGGUGAAAAUAUCACUGCUAAUUGUACAGCAUAUCCAUCGAUACCUAAAGCCAAAAUGCACUGGACCAUUAAUGGAGAAACGGUAACUCUGGAAAAUACGGUGGUUCUUCCACCCAUGGAACCAACAGGACCGUACCACGCACUUCCUAAUACCAUCGGUUUGAGAAUACAAGCAGACACAAAGCAACACGAUCGUGGUCGUAGUGAAUUAAAGAUUGUGUGCAUAGCAAAAGUCGGUUCCAAGAACUAUGAGACGACAAAGAGUGUCACGGUGUAUCAAUUAGAUAACCAGAGACACAGUGCCAGUGAUCUCCGUGGAGGGUCUUGUUUCAUCCAUGGAAACAUACUUUCUGUUAUUCUUUCUCUUUUUUUGGCGAUACUUUCGACGUGACCUGUACGCGAAGGCAAUACCAUCUGUCGAUUUAAUUUCUAGCUGCGUGAUAUCGGUGCUAAUACUCGUUCACGUAUGUUCAGUGUCAGUGGUCCG